AUGGAUACGGCUAAACUCCCUAAAUAUCCUACCGAACAACCCGAACACCAUAAACGCAAGAAAGCAACCAAUAAAGAAAAAAGUGAGCGUAGAGAAGGUGAGCUCAACGACUUGGCUAAAGCUAUAUAUAUGAAGUGGAAAGGUAGAGAAUACCUCCGAGAGGCCCCUACCCUCACUAUGAAACAAGCCGAAGAGAGAGCUUCCGCCGUAUGGGAUACUGAGCCUGAAGAUAUUACACAAAGAUAUUAUAAGACGGCUAUUAUAGAAAAUGUACUUCUUGGAGAGGAUGGGUAUCUCUUCAAGAAGAAGAAGAACGAUGGGAUGAAGAGGAAAGAAGAAUGGCAUCCAUAUUUAUUAUUCUGUAAACAACACCGUGAAGAGCUUAAGCAAGAAGGUGUGAGUGGUAAUGAAGUAAUGGCAAUGUUAAGUGACAAGUGGAAGUCAUUAACUGAAGAAGAGAGAGGUAACUACGCCGAACAAGCUAGAAUCAAUAAACAGAGAGAUCUCAAAAUUGAUGACAAAAAGCAGGUCCAACUUCACGAUGGGACAAUCCCACCACCACCCGUUCAUGAAAAUGAUACAACUGCCGACACAGAACAGACUGCUGAGAAGUAA